UUUAUCAUGUUUUCCCAAGCAGAGGAUGAUCUUUCUUGUUCUGUCUGCCAAGACAUCUUCAAAGACCCUGUUGUCCUGCAGUGCAGCCACAGCUUCUGCAAAGUCUGUCUGCAGAGUUGGUGGUAUGAGAAACAAGUACAGAUGUGUCCACUUUGUAAAGAAAUAUCUUCAUCCAGCGAGCCACCCUGCAACCUGGCGCUGAAGAACCUGUGUGAAACUUUCCUACUGGAAAGAGGACAGAAGGUUCCUGCUGAGUCUGAGGAUCUCUGCCAUGUGCACCAUGAGAAGCUCAAACUGUUUUGUCUGGAUCACCAGAAGCCCGUCUGCCUCAUCUGUCGGGAUUCUAAAGCUCACAGCAACCACAGCUUCAGACCCAUCGAUGAAACUGUUUGCCAACACAGAGAGGAGCUCAACGGUUACCUGAUGCUCCUAAAGGAGAAACUGCAUCUGUUUAAUGAAGUUAAAGAAAACUUUGAUCAAACUGGAGAAUACAUGAAGGUCCAGGCCAAGCGGACAGAAAAGCAGAUUAAGGAUCAGUUUAAGAAACUUCAUCAGUUUCUACAAGAAGAAAAGGAGGCCAGGAUCUCUGCUCUGAGAAAGGAAGAGAGGCAGAAGAGGACGGUGCUGAACCAGAAGAUUGAGGCUCUGAAGGAGCAGAUUUCAGCCAUGUCAGAAAUAAUCAGAACCACCGAAGAUGAGCUGAGGGCUCCAGACAUCUCAUUCUUACAGAACUACAAGACUACAAAGUUUGGAAUCCAGCGGCGCCCCCUGCUGGAUUAUACUAAACCUGUUUCCGGACUUCUAAUAGAAGAGGCCCAACAUUUGGGCAACCUGGUGCAUAAUAUCUGGAUCAAGAUGAAGAACAUAGUUUCGUUCUUUCCUGUCAUUAUGGAUCCAAACACAGCUCACCCAGAACUCUUCCUGUCUGAUGAUCUGACCUCUGUUACAUUUGGACCAAGGCAGAAGCUCCCUGACAACCCAGAAAGGUUUGACCAGCACUGCUGUGUUCUGGGCUUUGAGGGGUUUGAUUCAGGGACUCACAGCUGGGAUGUUGAAGUUAGACAUUAUAAAUGCUGGGGCGUUGGUGUGAUAAAGGAGUCGGUUCUGAAAAAAGGCGAAAUACAGACUGGUUACUGGGAGGUUUGUCUAACUCAUGGAAAAUACGAAGUGUUGUCUCCACCCCUGCCAGAUAAAACUCUCUCAGUGAAAAACCUCCAGAGGAUCAGAGUUCAGCUGGAUUUUAAUAAAGGGAGGCUCUCAUUUAUUGAUCUGGAUAUGAAUAAAGUCAUUCACAGCUUCAAACACUCUUUUAAUGAGAAGCUAUUUCCUUACUUUGCGAAUAACAAUGAGUCAUCCCUGAAGAUAUUGCCAUCAGCAAUCUCUGAAACAUAGCAUGCAUUCUCUUUGACAGCCGGUUUCUGGUUUUGUUUGAGUAAGCAUGCUUUAAAAUCCUCUCACUGAAAAUUUCUAUUUGUGUUUUUAUCUUUAUGAUCAUAUUUACAACACAGUGCAGAAAUAUUCAUACCUCUUUCACUUUUUUCCUUACUUUACAACCACAAUCAAAGUGUUUCACUGGGAUUAUAUGUGAUGGGCCGACACAAAGUAUGGCAUAAUUGUUCAGCGGAAAGAAAACGAUAAUUACAUUUUCGAAUUUUACAAGAAUACACUCUAAUUUAAAAUGUGUUGUGAAUGUCUGAAUAUGUUAUUGCUUUAUUCCCAACUAAUAUUUUAUAAUUUUAUCUUAGUGUAAGUCUAAUAAUCAGAUAUGUUUGUUAAAAUGAAGCUUUUUAUUUUUGGGGGCUUUUUUGCUAAUGCACAGCAGACGCAGAUGAGACAUAAAUUAACAGUUUGUUAAGGUUUUACUCUCUGAUGUCCAGAUUUUUGUUUCGAUUUUAUCAGACUGUGUUCAUCUUUUAUAAGAACAAUUCAAGUGUGUUUAAUGCAUGGACAAUAAACAAGUUUAAGUCAGAUUUGAUGCACAUUAUCUCAUUUUAUGCAGUUUAUUGAAGCAACAAUGAUCCGUAUUACGUUUUAUUUAUUGUCAUCAGCAGAUUAAAACGUUGUAAUAUAAUUACAUGGUUAAUCUUCAGGGGGUAGACCUUAAUUAAAACAGUAAACUUUACUUUUAAUAUCUUUGUGUGGUUCAGUAAAAAAUGGUUUAGUAAAUAAAAUUCUCUUUACCUUUGAGUUUUUGAGUUUUAACAUUAUGAUUUAAUUCAGCAUGCUUUUAUAAACUGGCUUUUCAUUUAUUAGAUAAACAGUGACUGCAAAACAAUCACCUCUUCUGGUGCAGAAAUGGCUUGAAUGUAAAAACGCUUGAAAAAAACAAUCAGUCAGAAGGUUUUUGAUGGAAAAUUACA